GGUUACGGAAAUGGCCACGAUGAGGAAAACACACUCGAAUAGUUUCGAUUAGCUGAAAGACCUUUGUCUGCCUGUCUCUGUCAGAAACAAAAUUCGGAGUUGUGAAGCACUAAACCACAGGAAAGUUUUGGACUGAAAUGUGUGUAGACGUCAUCACACAGGGACUACUUUGAGGCGUUAAAAGAGAAGAUGCUUUUUCUGUUAUGUAAGCCACUGCAGUUUGGAUCUUAUCUAAACGAGCGUAAAAACUAACUUCCCCUGAUUCUGCCGGUAUGUAUGUUGGGGCCAGCAGUGGACCUGUGGUGUCAGAGGAACAUUGUAAUCCCCCCUCGGAAGAACCCGAAGAUACAGACUGUAAAGAUUCAGGAAAUGCUGGAAGUAAUUCUGGAUCCCCUAAAAACAGAACAACCAGCCAAAUCCGCUCAAGUCUUGAAGAGCGCUUAUCCAGACACGGUGCUCGACCCGCAUCUCCAGUGUUCAGCGCCUCCACGCGCAGAUCCAGAUUUCAGAAACUGGAGUUAUGUGAGCCGGGCAGCAGCGCCUCCCAGAGACUAUCGGUUGAUGCUUCCGAGAAGAGCACUCUCACUCCCGCUAUGCGCAAGAAGUAUUUGAAAGAACUGUUUCUGAAUAACAGAUCUGGACUGUCAAGUAUUCUGUCAUCCGGACACUCGAGCUCAUCGGCAAAAGACUGUGAAGACGCACUCUAUGGGUUAAACGACACUGCCAACAGCUCUGCGUUUUGGGCUUUGGAUCCCAUGGAGCACGCGUGGAUGCUGUCUGCUGUGGAUGGGAAUUAUGACACCAUGGUGGAGUUUCUUGCUGAAGACCCCAGUCUGCUGAGCAGAAAAGACUUCAUCAGUGGUUACACAGCGCUACACUGGUUGGCCAAAAAUGGCAAGGAUGAUGCAUUGAUUCGACUUCUCAAACAUGCUGAGACAGAAGGCUUGCCUGUGAAUGUUAACUUGAGAGGCAGUGGAGGUCUGACACCUCUUCAUGUGGCUGCCAUGCAUAACCAGUACAUGAUAGUAAAGAUACUGAUCGGUGCUUUCAGUGCUAAUACUGAAAUCAUGGACUACAAUGGUAAAAGGGCGUGGCAAUAUCUUAAGGAUAACGCACCAAGAGAAAUGAAGGAGCUUCUUGGAGCUUGGGAUGACGAACACACUGUAGGGUAUUUAAACGUGAAUAACAACAGUGUAAGUGAAGCUCAGGCAAUAAAACACACUCAAGAAAAUAAAGUUGAGGUGGACACUUCAGUGGGGAGAACGGGUUGGAGAUUUGCAUCUUUCAGAAGGCUUUUGUAUAACGUAGGUUUGCUUGAAGAAAAAUCCUGAAAUGCCUCAUUUGCUUUUAUGCUUUAAGUGCUUAAAGUAAAACAAUUACCUGUUAUAAAAUAAAUGAAGUACAGUAUGUACACAUGGUAAAAUCCUGUCAACCACAUUUCUGACAACUGUUGCCUUCACAUUUAUUAAAAUAAAAACUUAAAGGGUUUACUUUCUAACUAUGUGAAAGAUUUUUCUUUAUUUUAAGAAAUGACAAAAAUGGAAAAAUUA